AGAUGGACAAUAAAGAGACUCUCAAAGGGUUGCACAAGAUGGACGAUCGCCCGGAAGAGCGGAUGAUCAGGGAGAAAUUGAAGGCCACGUGCAUGCCAGCUUGGAAGCACGAGUGGUUGGAAAGGAGAAACCGGAGGGGCCCCGUGGUGGUAAAACCGAUCCCUAUUAAAGGAGAUGGGUCCGAAGUGAGCAACUCUCCGAGCGAGGCUCCAGGCGACAGCCCGGCCAGCACCGCGUGCUCAACCCCCAAGGGCCGGCGCAGCCCGUCUCCAGGGAGCUCCCCAGCCCCAGCGGGCCGCACGGUGAAGUCCGAGUCUCCAGGCGUCAGGAGAAAGAGAGUUUCCCCAGUGCCUUUUCAGAGCGGCAGAAUCACCCCACCCCGGAGAGCCCCUUCGCCGGACGGCUUCUCGCCAUACAGCCCAGAGGAGACGAACCGCCGAGUGAACAAAGUGAUGCGGGCGCGGCUGUACUUACUGCAGCAAAUAGGACCCAACUCCUUCCUGAUUGGAGGAGACAGCCCGGACAACAAGUACCGGGUGUUCAUCGGGCCGCAGAACUGCAGCUGUGGCCGGGGGACAUUUUGUAUUCAUCUGUUAUUUGUUAUGCUCCGGGUGUUUCAGCUAGAACCUUCAGACCCAAUGUUAUGGAGAAAGACUUUAAAGAAUUUUGAGGUGGAGAGCUUGUUCCAGAAGUACCACAGCAGGCGCAGCUCCAGGAUCAAGGCUCCCUCUCGCAGCACCAUCCAGAAGUUUGUCUCGCGCAUGUCCAACCCUCACCCGUUGUCAUCGUCCAGCACUUCCACGUCUAGUUCAGAAAACAGCAUAAAAGAUGAAGAGGAGCAAAUGUGUCCCAUCUGCUUACUGGGCAUGCUCGACGAGGAGAGUCUCACGGUGUGUGAGGACGGCUGCAGGAACAAGCUGCACCACCACUGCAUGUCCAUCUGGGCAGAAGAAUGUAGAAGAAAUAGAGAACCUUUAAUAUGUCCUCUUUGUAGGUCCAAGUGGAGAUCCCAUGAUUUCUACAGCCACGAGCUGUCGAGCCCCGUGGACACCCCGUCUUCCUUGAGGGCUGCACAGCAGCAGGGCACGCAGCAGCAGCCCCUGGCAGGGUCGCAGAGGAGGAGUCAGGAGAGCAACUUCAGCCUCACUCACUACGGCACUCAGCAGAUCCCUCCUGCGUGUAAGGACUUGGCUGAGCCGUGGAUUCAGGUGUUUGGAAUGGAACUCGUUGGCUGCUUAUUUUCUAGAAACUGGAAUGUAAGAGAGAUGGCCCUUAGGCGGCUUUCCCAUGAUGUCAGUGGGGCCUUGCUGUUGGCAAAUGGGGAGAGCACUGGAAACUCGGGGGGCAGUGGCGCAAGCAGCCCGAGUGCAGGAGCCGCCAGCGGGUCCCCCCAGACCAGCAUCUCAGGAGACGUGGUGGAGGCGUGCUGCAGCGUCUUGUCAAUGGUCUGUGCUGACCCUGUCUACAAAGUAUACGUUGCUGCUUUAAAAACAUUGAGAGCCAUGCUGGUAUAUACUCCUUGCCACAGUUUAGCAGAAAGAAUCAAACUUCAGAGACUUCUCCGGCCAGUUGUAGAUACCAUCUUAGUCAAGUGUGCAGAUGCCAACAGCCGCACAAGUCAGCUGUCCAUAUCCACACUGCUGGAGUUGUGCAGAGGCCAAGCAGGCGAGUUGGCAGUUGGUAGAGAGAUACUUAAAGCUGGAUCCAUUGGUAUUGGUGGUGUUGAUUAUGUCUUAAAUUGUAUUCUUGGAAAUCAAAUUGAGUCCAACAACUGGCAAGAACUCCUGGGUCGCCUUUGUCUUAUAGACAGACUGUUGUUGGAAUUUCCUGCUGAAUUCUACCCUCAUAUUGUCAGUACUGAUGUUUCACAAGCUGAGCCUGUUGAAAUCAGGUAUAAAAAGCUGCUGUCCCUCUUAACCUUUGCUUUGCAGUCCAUUGAUAAUUCCCACUCAAUGGUUGGAAAACUGUCUCGAAGAAUCUAUUUGAGUUCUGCGAGAAUGGUGACUGCAGUCCCCCAUGUGUUUUCAAAACUGUUAGAAAUGCUGAGUGUGUCCAGCUCCACUCACUUCGCCAGGAUGCGCCGCCGUCUGAUGGCCAUUGCAGAUGAAGUGGAAAUCGCUGAGGCCAUCCAGCUGGGCAUGGAAGAUAGCCCUGGUGCUCAACAAGAUAGUUUCUUACGGGACUCUGCCCAUACUAGCUCACCAGAGGCCACGGGGGACGGUUCCUUGGAGCACACAGUCCAUGGAGACAAAACUGGAAAAGGAUUAUGUCCUACAAGAAUGAGUGGCAGCUCAGAGGACAUUUCUGACAGGCUGGCCAGCAUUUCAGUAGGACUUCCUAGUGCAGCCACAACAGAGCAACCAAAGCCAAUGCUUCAGACAAAAGGUCGGCCUCACAGCCAGUGUUUGAACUCCUGUCUUUUAUCUCAUCAUUCCCAGCAAACAUUCCCGGCCUUAUCUUCCCCUCCAUCAUCUGCCCCAUCUGUACCAGCUGGCUCGGUAACAGAUGUCUCCAAGCAUAGACCUCAGGGGUUCAUUCCCUGCAAAAUACCUUCUGCAUCUCCUCAAACACAGCGCAAGUUUUCUCUACAAUUCCAGAGAAACUGUUCUGAAAACAAAGACUCAGACAAGCUCUCUCCCAUCUUCACUCAGUCUCGACCCUCGCCCUCCACCAAUAUACACAGGCCAAAGCCAUCACGACCUGCCCCAGGUAAUACAAGUAAACAGCGAGAUGCCUCAAAAGAUGGCAUGACGCUCGAUCUGAACAGCACUUCCAAGUGUGCUGACAGCUUUGGCAGUAGCAGCAGCGGCAGUAAUGCCGUGAUACCCAGCGGGGAGACGGCGUUCACCCCAGUGGAAGAGAAGUGCAGAUUAGAUGUCAACACAGAGCUCAACUCCAGUAUUGAGGACCUUCUGGAAGCAUCUAUGCCUUCAAGUGACACAACAGUCACUUUUAAGUCAGAAGUUGCUGUUCUCUCUCCUGAAAAGGCUGAAAAUGAUGAUACCUACAAAGAUGACGUGAAUCACAAUCAGAAGUGCAAAGAGAAGAUGGAAGCUGAGGAAGAGGAGGCCCUAGCGAUUGCCAUGGCCAUGUCGGCCUCCCAGGACGCCCUCCCCGUGGUUCCUCAGCUGCAGGUUGAAAAUGGAGAAGACAUCAUCAUCAUCCAGCAGGACACACCAGAGACUCUGCCGGGACAUACCAAAGCAAAACACCCUUAUAGAGAAGACACAGAGUGGCUGAAGGGCCAGCAGAUAGGCCUUGGGGCCUUUUCUUCCUGUUAUCAAGCACAGGAUGUAGGAACCGGGACUUUGAUGGCUGUUAAACAGGUGACAUACGUCAGAAACACAUCUUCUGAGCAGGAGGAGGUCGUGGAAGCACUGAGAGAAGAGAUACGAAUGAUGAGCCAUCUAAAUCAUCCAAACAUCAUUAGGAUGCUGGGAGCCACGUGUGAGAAGAGCAACUACAACCUCUUCAUCGAGUGGAUGGCUGGAGGAUCUGUGGCUCAUCUGCUGAGUAAAUAUGGAGCCUUCAAGGAAUCAGUAGUUAUUAACUACACUGAACAGUUACUUCGUGGCUUGUCAUAUCUUCAUGAAAACCAGAUCAUCCACAGAGAUGUCAAAGGUGCCAAUUUGCUAAUUGACAGCACAGGUCAGAGGCUGCGAAUUGCAGAUUUUGGAGCUGCAGCCAGGUUGGCGUCGAAAGGAACUGGUGCAGGAGAGUUUCAGGGACAGUUAUUGGGGACAAUUGCAUUUAUGGCACCUGAGGUACUAAGAGGUCAGCAGUACGGUAGGAGCUGUGAUGUAUGGAGUGUUGGCUGUGCUAUUAUAGAAAUGGCUUGUGCAAAGCCACCUUGGAAUGCAGAGAAACACUCCAACCAUCUUGCUUUGAUAUUUAAGAUUGCUAGUGCGACUACUGCCCCGUCGAUCCCCUCCCAUCUGUCUCCUGGCUUACGCGAUGUGGCUCUUCGCUGCUUAGAGCUUCAGCCUCAGGACAGACCUCCAUCGCGAGAGCUGCUGAAGCAUCCCGUCUUCCGUACGACCUGGUAGCCCCCUGUGGAGUAAAUCAGAGCCUGGAUGUGAGCAAGGAAGAGAACUUGUGGGGAACCACGCCGAUAAUCUGCCGGCCGCCACGGCUGUCGUGAUGAGGCCCGGGGGAGCCUCCCCCAAGUCUGUGACUGACAAAUCAUGUCGUGUACCUACGCUCAGUGUGCAGAGUCUACAACUUGUGCAGAAACUGUAACCCGUGCCUUGCAGAGAACUGGCCCUAGGCAGACAGGCAAGCAGUGAAGUUUGCAUGACUAAAGAGCAGAAGCGUAAUAUUUUUGGAGCACUUUUUCAGCAAUAUUAGCAGCUGAGGGGCUCAGGAUCUAUUUUAAUGUUUCAACUAUUCUUCCAUUUCUCUUAGUGAUCACAAGCAGGGGGUUCUAUAAUUCCGUUCAGUUUUUCGGUCACUGGCUAUAAAAAUUAGUAUCUGCCUCUUUUAGGACAGAGUAUGCUAUAAGUAGCAGUAAAUACAUAUAUAUUUUUAAAAAUGAUGACUUCUUCACGACCUUUAUUUUUUUAAUGCCUGGCAUCUGUGGUUCAUUGUGCAUUUUACUGUUGGCCCAUUCAUUUCGUUUUUGGAAAUUGCGGUUCUGUGUUUCCAUUUCACCUCCAUGUCUGUUUAAUAUUCAGGGAAAGGUGAUCGUUUCAAACUAGAAAAAAAGUUGGUGUGAACUAGACUUUACUAUGUAUUUGCUACUGCAAGAAUUUUUAAAUGCAGGUUUAAUUUUUUUUAAUUGGAAUUUAAUGUACUGCCUACAUUGAAUGAAUCAUCUUGCUUGGCAAGUUAAAUGUAAAUUACCAAAAUCAGCUGUCUUCUGUGAUGCAGCUCAAAACCAAGAGCAAGAUUACUUAGAAAUUUAUUUGAAUUGUGUCCCAUAGUUCAGUUUCUUUACUGAAGCGUGGGCAGCUUCACACCGCGUGGGCCUGACUGCAGGUCACGAUUGCCACUCCUGACACGGCGCGCCCAGGGCGGAUCUCCUCCACCGUGCAUCGCCGUUCACACCAGCUGCCUGAGGGAUAGUGUGCGCCUGACCACAAGGCAGUAGUGUUUUUAACAAUACAUUUGCUUUGGUCUUCGAGAAAACGCUCAGAAAAAAUGAACUCGCGUCACAUCAUAUCAGUUCUUUGGAUAUUGCACAAUUAUUUAAUGGUUUUAGUCUGGAGUUGAAUUCAGAUGCAUGGAAUCCUGGAGGGAAAGGUAGCUCUUUUAUCCUUCUUUGUGUGUGAGUCUUUUAAAUCAAGUACUGAUUAUUAAAUAUAUCUUUGAGAUGUUAAGUUUUAACUCUUCAGAUGCCAGUGUGAAAUAGAAUUGGUUAUUCUCAAAGACUCAGGAUAAGCUAAAUAAGCUAUAUAGAGUACAUUUAAAAUGUACAACACAAAUUGGAAGUAAAAUAAGUUACAGGAAAAGUUUACAGGGAUAUAUUGCAUAUAAUUCUUAAAAAGCAGUUUUUUAUGUGAUUGUGCUUCUUAGUGAAAUUUUACAUUCCUUUGUUUUGCAAGAUUGGCAAUACUCGAAGAGUUAAAAGUAGUUCAGAAAUGUGAAGUUUGGUAGUUCUCAGUGUGUUGUACUUGACUUUUUUACUAUUUAGAAUUUUCACAGCUCUGAUAAGAUUAUUUCCAAGUCUCCCACAUGUGAGCUUUAAAGGGCGCACUCUUGCCAUUUGAUGUACUGGAAGAUCAUCGGUCAGAGCAGUAUGGCGUCUGACGGAAACGUAAACUGUAUAAACUGAGGAACCUCAGCUAACCAGUGUUACUUCUAGAUCACCAUGCCCGCCACAUUUCAAACUCAGACUGUCUCGAGAUGUCAAAAGCUGUUGUGUUUGAGUUUGUUUGCAGUUCCCUCAGCUUGCUGGUAAUUGUGGUGUUUUGUUUUUUGUUUUGUCUUCAUUGCAAAUGUGAUGUAAUAUUCUUUUUUUCUUUGGAUCAAAGCUGGACUGAAAAUUGUAUUGUGUAAUUAUUUUUGUGUUCUUAAUGUUAUUUGGUACUCAAGUUGUAAAUAACGUCUACUGCUGUUUAUUCCACUUUCUACUACCUCAGGUGUCCUAUAGAUUUUUCUUCUACCAAAGUUCACUUUCACAAGGAAAUUAUAUUUGCUGUGUGACUGAUUCCUAAGACUUCCAGGGCUUAAGGGCUGACUUCUGGUAGCACCUUACUGUGUAAGCAAAUGUUACAAAAAAGAAAAAAAAAUCUCUGGGUUAAGAAAAUUUGGCUUAAAUGUAUCCUUUGUUAUUUUAAAUAUAUUGAGAUAUUUUAAUUAAAAUUUUUACCCCAUUGAACCAAUUUUAUAGUAUUUGUACCUAUUUUGGUGUUUUGUCUUUAUAGUAAAUAAAAGUUUUUG